GGCAAGCAGCUCCUCGGCGCCUGGGGCGCCGAGCUCAAGGCCAUCAUCCAGGACUUGGAUUUCCAGGGCGGCAACGUGAGCCAGACUUUCUCUCCAGGGAUGGUCGUCUUGGCAACCUGUUCGGGGGCCUUUGAGGACGGGGCCUUGGAGGCGCUGGACACUGAGAUUGCUCGUCGUCAAACGCUGGGCGCGGCGGAACAACUGGCCAAGUGGAAGACCUGGGCCCAGAAGGCUGUCGCUGGAGGGGGCAAGGCCGCCCACGCUUUUUCGAAGAAGCAG